AUGAAUCCUUAUGAUUUCGAAAAUUGGGUGAAGAACUUAAACUCGAAUCCUCAAGGAGAUGUAGAUAUAGAGACUCAGAUUUCAGAAAAAAUGCAGCAAGAAAACAUAGUUGAAACUCUUUUAAAUUUUAUUUCUUCGGAUUCAUUAUCGAAUACAGCUAUUGUCUUUGCAUUGACCAUGAUUAAUUCGAAAAAUAUUCUAGAUGAAGAUGAAAAAAAUCUUCUAAAGGCAUUUUUUUCAAAUUAUUUUAUCGAAAAUAGAUCAAAAUUUAUCAAUUCUGCAUUUUCAAACGUAAUUGCGCGACUAUUCAUUAAGUCUUACAAAUUUUCAAUCGAAGAAGUACCAGGUUACAUACAAAAUUUGGCGAAUUUAGAUUUAGAUGGAUUGAUUUUAUCAUAUUUCUUAGGAAUGAAUAUUAUAACAGUAAACGAAUCUAUAGCAGGAGUCGAAUUCAUGUUUGAUUUGGCUUGUAAACCUUUGUUAAACAAUGAAACCAACCCAAAUAUUCUUCAAGUCGCAUUAGAAUUCAUGUCAACGUAUUUGAGUUACUGUAAAAGAGGGGAAUUAAUAUAUAUUGAUAAAGAAAUCAUGGAAAAAAUUUUUGAAUUUGGUUCUAUCAACAGAUUGUUUGAUUUAAUUGAAAACUUUCAAGGUUCCAUACCAUUAUAUGCUCUCAGAAUCAUAACUACCACACUCAAUACGUCAAAAUCUUCAUUUGGACAAGGAGAUAAUCGAGAUCAAUAUAUAGCCGAUAUUUUAUUACGUGUUUCCAAGAUAUUCAUGGAAAACAAGUCACAUCCUGAUUAUUUGCCAGAGUAUGCAGCUCUCUGUAUUCAAUUGAAGAAAUUAUUGCCUUCAUUGAAUCCAAAAUACGAUGAUUUAGGGGAAGAGUUUUUUAAAGCUUAUGCCAACCCUGCAUUUUUUGUUUUGACACCUACAAUUUUACAAAAUUAUCCAAAUUUGGCAGAAUUAGUUUUAAGUUUCUUGACAGAGAUUGUAAAGAAGUCCGAUUCAAGUAUUAAGCAGAGGCAAAGCUUCCAAGAAGCUAAAAUCAUCAAAAAAUCUUGUCAACAAAUCGCAAAUACGAUAUUUAAUAUUGAAUUUGACUCAAACAUCUUAGAACCAUUCAUAGAAGAUAGAUCUAGCAAGAUACUUAAUGUUAUACUAGAUUUACAUAUCUUAAACGAAGAAACAGUUUAUAUUAAAAAUGAAUCUGAAAAAAAUCCAGAAAAAACAACAGGAAAAUACCAAAUUGUCAACAAGGUCAAAGAUUCAUUUGAUCUUGUCUUCAAUAAUUUAGGAAUCUCGAUAUCAUCAAGAGAUUGUGUCAAAUCAGCUUUGUAUUUAUCGUAUUUAAAGCUGUGUCUUGAUCAUCUGAAGAGUCCCGACCUGUUUAUUGCUGUAAUGGAAACAGUUCGAAAUAUGUUGUUUGUAUUUCCCCCAAUUUCGGCUGAAAACAGCUCCCAAAUGGCCGUAUCCUUGGAGUUAUCUAUUGUAGGCUUCUUCGAGUUACUUAUUCAAGUGUUAUUAAGCGAUACCGACAAAGAUCGUUUGGAUUUCUUAGCCGAGAACAGGGAAGUUGUCAUAGAAUUCCUUUCCAGAUUUAUUUCCGAGGUCCACGAUAACAGUAUCUGUCAAGAACUUGAAAUUCCGAUUAUGAGCAUCUUGGAUUUCUCGAAAUACAAAACUCUGCCACUCCAAGUCAUCGCCAUGGAUGAUAAUUUCUUUUCAUUACUCAUGGGUGUCGAUUUCCUUUUGUUCAACGAAGAAAACAAAAAUAAAAAAGCCCGUCAGUUUUUCACUUCACUUUUCUCACUUGGCUAUUUGAUGCCAGAUCCAACACACAUCACAGCGAUGUUUAACACCAUAUCUCAGAUAUUCGCGGAGUCUCGGAAUCCGAUUAUCUUUCACAUGUUGAGUGGAUCUGUUAUAGCGAAAAACUGUAUUUUUGAUUUUCUUCUUGAGAAACUUCGUAUUCAGUAUUACGAGUUAUUUUUGUCACUUGUUAAAGAUGACAAAACAAGUGACGUUAUACUAGAAAACAUCUUGAAAUUCUUAGUUGUUUUCAGUGAAAACUCAAAGAGAUUUGAUGUAAAAUCUUUGAGUGAAGAAGCAAUUUUUUGUUACACGUUUUUAACAGAUAUAUUAAGGGUUUACGCGAUCAAAGUUAAUAGCAUGGGCAAUAGUAUCCAAACAUAUAAGAUAAUUGCAAGGAUUCUUGAUGUUUUGAGGAAUAUAAUCGAAUCUAAUUAUAUUAAUUUAGGAGUUUUGGAGAUUUACAAGAAAACUGACUUUAGAGAUAUUGUCACUCUUGUUAUCAAUCGAUUGGUAUUAGUUCCUUUGUCUACAAUUGCUGAUGCACCGAAAUUGGCAUUGAGAUAUAUGAAAUUUUUGACAAGUUUAUUGUCAGAAAUUCCGUCACUUUUCUUUUCAUUUGAGAGCGAAAUCCAACAUCACCAAAUAGAAGUUGCGAAAGUUAUAUUGAGUAUUGAUGCAAAAGAAGCCAUUGAUUCAUCUAUUUCUGUGAUUUCGAGUUAUUUAUCUGUUGUUGAUGAGUUUAAUGAUAAAGAUGAUGUUCCUAUGGAUUUGAGAGAGGAUUUGUUCAAGUUUUGUUUGCAUUCUAUAAUUGUUGAAAGGAAUAAGAUUGAAUCGCUUGCAAGAGUUAUUUUGAUAUUCGCAAAAACAAAUCCGGAAUUGGUUAAAUUGACAAUUGACAAUAUUUUUGGCCAAAUUCCUCCUGAACUGCAAAAUGAAUCAAUUUUCCCUUUCAAACAUUUAAGAUCUAAUUUAAAUCCAUCAAUAGAUAGUUCUAGGACUUCUCAGUCAAAACAUGUUCUGACUGCUUGUUUAGAUAUUGGAGAAUUCUUUGAAAAACAUAAUAUUAAUAUAGAGAUAUAA